CCCCCUCCUUCGUGGGCCUUCGCACAGCCCCGUUCAGUGGUUCCUUAAUGAAUCAUUGCUGUUAUUACUGAUCAUUAGGCAGGGCUGUUCAAAGCCGGGGCCCACUGCGCCCGCAGGGCCUGGCCCCGCACCCUGCACCCCGCUGGCUGCCCGAGGGACGCCGGCUGACCCUCGCGUGCCUGCAGGCCGACGAUGCAGCGCUGGAAGGCGGCGGCCCUGGCCUCGGUGCUCUGCAGCUCCGUGCUUUCCAUCUGGAUGUGUCGCGAGGGCCUGAUGCUCAGACACCGCCUCGGACCCGCGCUGGCCCCGCUGCGCCGCCCGCCGCGGACCCUGGACGCCCGGAUCGCCCGCCUGGCCCAGUACCGUGCACUGCUGCAAGGCGCCCCGGACGCGGUGGAGCUGCGGGAGCUGACGCCCUGGGCCGGGCGCUCCCCUGGUCCGCGCCGUCGAGCCGGUCGCUACCACACGGUGCGCGAGCUGUCGGCGAGCGAGUGCGCCUGCGUGUGA